ACCCUUGGAAAAGUUGCCUUCUAAUCCUUCUUGCGCUGACCCUUGGGGCCGUGGGGACUGAAGAAGCGCGAGUGCGCGUGCAAGCAAGAAAUUGGAAGGUGUGUGUGUGCCGAGAGGGGCCCGUUGGUGGAGGGACCGGCUGCUGUCACUUGGCCAAGUGCAGGGCUGAGGCUCUGGCCCCGCCUCUGCCCCGGGCGCAGGGGAUGCGAUGGGCCCCUGCGGGCGGGUCCGGCUGCACACGCACCGCGGGGCCAUGGCUGUACUGGCGUGGAAGUUCCCGCGGACCCGGCUACCAGUGGGAGCCAGUGCCCUUUGCGUUGUCGUCCUCUGUUGGCUCUACAUCUUCCCGGUGUACCGGCUCCCCAACGAGAAGGAGAUAGUGCAGGGGGUGCGGCAACAGGGCACGGCGUGGAGGAGGAACCAGACGGCGGCCAGAGUCUUCAGGAAACAAAUGGAAGACUGCUGUGACCCCGCCCAUCUCUUUGCUAUGACUAAAAUGAAUUCUCCCCGGGGGAAGAGCAUGUGGUAUGAUGGGGAGUUUUUAUACUCAUUCACCAUUGACAAUUCAACUUAUUCGCUCUUCCCACAGGCAACCCCAUUCCAGCUGCCAUUGAAGACGUGCGCAGUGGUGGGAAACGGUGGGAUUCUGAAGAAGAGUGGCUGUGGCCAUAAGAUAGACGAAGCAGAUUUUGUCAUGCGAUGCAAUCUUCCUCCUUUGUCAAGCGAAUACACUAAAGAUGUUGGGACCAAAAGUCAUCUCGUGACAGCUAAUCCCAGCAUAAUUCGGCAAAAGUUUCAAAACCUGCUUUGGUCCAGAAAGACAUUUGUGGACAAUAUGAAAAUCUAUAACCACAGUUACAUCUAUAUGCCUGCCUUUUCCAUGAAGACGGGAACAGAGCCAUCCCUCCGUGUCUAUUAUACAUUGUCUGAUGUUGGUGCCAAUCAAACAGUGCUUUUUGCUAACCCCAACUUUCUGAGUAGCAUUGGCAAGUUCUGGAAGGGUAGGGGAAUUCAUGCCAAGCGCCUGUCCACAGGACUCUUUCUGGUGAGUGCAGCCUUGGGGCUCUGUGAAGAGGUGGCCAUCUAUGGCUUCUGGCCCUUCUCUGUGAAUAUACACGAGCAGCCCAUCAGCCACCACUAUUACGACAACGUCUUGCCCUUUUCUGGCUUCCAUGCCAUGCCAGAGGAAUUUCUCCAACUCUGGUAUCUGCAUAAAACGGGAGCCCUGAGGAUGCAGCUAGACCCAUGUGAGGACACAUCACGUCUCCCCGCCUCUUAGGGACUUCAGAAGGAGGAGGCACUGUGCAGGGCACUUUUGUUAGUUUUCUACGUGACGACAAAAGAAAAUCAUCCAGUUGUUUCAUGGAUUUGCAUGGGCCACUUGGAAAGACCAAAAAAAAAAAAAAACGGACAUCAAAAACCGAAGGGAAACUUAACGUUUGCUGUUGGCUUCGAAGAUAACUAAGACACAUCCUGUGACAUAUUUUAUAGCACCUAUUGGAUGUUCAGCUGGUAAAUGAAAUGAUGUUGUCUACACAGUUGGAAUCUAGAAGAUACAGUACAAAACCAAGAUGGACCUCUAGUUGCCAAGGCUGAGCAACUAGUAAUUAAAGUUGAACAAAAAAAAUGCCGGGGAAACGGUUACUGAUUAUCAACAUAAGCUGGCUUGUUUGGAGGAAAAAAAUCAAUGUAUUUUAUUAGGUUUAAAACGUUAGAGUUUUUUUACUUAUUAUUUACUUUUUGCUCUAUUUAGGGGUUUGGGUGGGCUGGAGUAGAUUUAAAAAAAUCUGUUACUGAGUAAUAAGGAUAUAAAAUGCCCAAACUGAUUAUUGUGAAUUGUUGAACCAAGUCUACGUUAAUUAUAGUUUCCCUCCCUUCCCUUCUAAAAAUUUGGGAUAACCAUUGGUCCCUCCCCUUCUGUUAAGUCUACUUAGACAAUGUGAAGCACUGUUGACUUUAGACAGUGUUGAUUCUAUUUGUAUCUAAACUGAGAGUCACUUUCUCUCCUCAAAAUGUAGUGCAUACAUUCAAAUUUUAGAUUUGAAGUCUGUAGGCCUGUUUGCAUUGUUGUUAUUAGUUUAGCUCCAAAAGUCUACAAAUGUGAAUGCAUCCUUUACUUUAAAAUUGCCAUAAUUGCUUCAUCAUUUAUUGUCCAGAGAUGAUGUAAAGCACAAUGGAGUAAGGUUCAGUCGUGGGAGACAGACUGCAAACCACAUUCCCUUUUCUUUUGACUACAGUUAGGAGGAGGAAGGGCGUAAGCUUGUGCCCAUGGCCGCACGCAGAGACCCACACAGUUCGCUCUGGGUGACUACUUAUGUUGCAUCCACGUGUCCUAGUUUGGCAAAAAUCUGUAACCAAAGUUGGAGAGCUACAAUUGAUUAUGCAUUGUCCACUACGUAUUGCUAUUUUCAAAAAGCCAGCUUCCUGGUUUUUGCUCAUCAUGCCCAUACUAACAUCAAAGGCAGGUCUCACCCCCAAAGGGGAAGAAUUAGUCUACUCAUUCCAACUCUUCAAAUAAGUCAUGAAUGGACCGUGGUCACACAAGACAGGGUUCGUACAGCGAAAGCAAUGUAAAGUAGCAGCAAUAUCUUCCUCAGCAGCAGGAAGGUCUACUUAGUAAGCUUAUUAUUCCUGGUCUGACACAGCACGAAAACUCUAGAGACAGAUUCCAAGCACCUGGGUGUGGUUACAUACAUAAAACCAUCGUGGGACCCUCUUGGUUUUGUGCUUUGGUUGCUUAAAGCUACAAGGAGGGGACAUCAGAGCUCACUUUCUAUAGACUAUAAGAAAGAUUUCAAAGUGUAGGGAUAAAAAUUGGCUCCAAUUUUGAUACGAGAAACUGAACAUACUGUAAAACCGAGCUUGCUGCCGUCCAGUCCAUGCUGACUCAGCUGCUGAAUGACAUAUUUUCACAGGUGAUAUGUUUUGGUGGGUUAACUUGUAAGAUGUUAAGAUUUUAAAAAUCCCCCUUGGAAACAUUCAGCAUCAUUGGCACAGGCAGUUCUUAAAUGUGACUGAAAGUGAAGGUUUUAUAAUGAUUAGCAAUUAAAACGUGCCCCGCUGACAUAGCACAGGCUAUAUUGCUACUUAGAAAGCCAAGAAGGAGAGUAUUGAUUCUGGACAGAACUGGCCUGCUAUUUUGAUUCUAUCUGGCACCAAAAAUGUGAUAAGAAUGUAAUGUCACAUCAGCUGUGUUAAAUAUUCCCUACCUGCAAUGCUGAAUAUCUUUUCUCCUUGAGCUAUUGUUAUUAUUUAAUAGUCACCUUGAAAAGGGAAUGCAUUUUUAUCUCUGUGGUCUAUGAAAUAUGUAAAAGGGCUAUAACAAAACCACCCACUAAAGUUGUUAAAAUGUCAUUCAAAUUAGUACUUUAUUUAUGAAAGUUAUUUAAAAUGUAAUUGAUGUGCUUCAGGGAGCCCAUACACUGUAGUUCUAUUGAAAAUACUAUCAGUAAUGUGUAUGUUUUAUGAUAGAUUUAUGCAACUGAUUUGUGCAAUGUUCGUCUAUAAAUUUGUGCGGAAACCAUGUAUGUGACUUCUGAAAGGCAAAACAAAAUGGGCAGAGCUAAUGAUGUGUAAUUGGCCAAUUGCUUCUCAAAUAAGUGUGAUUUUGACUUCCCCCCAGCCCCAGGGACAAAAAAUGUCUGGAGCCUUCUCUCUUUGUUUUUGUUUUUUAUUGUCAUGACUGUGGGGGUAAUACUAACCCCUUGGGGGUACUGCUAGCAUAUAGUGGGUGGGGGGCCAGGUUCCUGAUGAGUAUUCUCACAAUGAAGAAUUGUCUGCUUUAAAAUGUCAGUAGUGCCAAAAUUGGGAAUACAGAAUUAGAACAAAACGAAAUGAUUCCUUCAGUCUUUGCAAAGGACCCGCGUGGGCACAGUGAGGGUGGGCUCGUUGGGCUGCUCAUCACAAGGCCAGCCGCGCAGACAGCCCCGCUUCCACCUGUGCAGAGCGAUGAGGGUUUCUCCCCCUGCAAGGGGCUGCAGGGUCAAGCCCACAGGGGCAGUGCUACUCUGUCCUCAAGCGUGGCUCUGAGCUGGAGUCAUCUGGGUGGCAGUGAGGGUCUUAGUUUCGUGUUGUAAGUUUUCAGUGUCUUCAUGUAACCUUUUAAAACCAAAUUAUUUUCUAUUUUGGAUUUUUUUUUAAACCUCGUGUUUUCAGUAAUGAAAAGCAUUUUCAGUCAAAUGGAACUUUUUUUUUUUAAUAUGAAAUUUGAUACAAUUAGUCCUGAGAGAUUGGGUUGGUGGGGGGGGAUCCGUUUCUUCAAAUUCAGCUGUAAAGACCCCCAGCUAGAUGGCAGCAUGCACAAACAGUGGGAUAGCAGCUCCCCACCAAACCCCAGAGUCAGAAAAUGUUGGGAGGUGCUAUACGCCCAAUGGGUCAUGAAAGUGUUAAGAAUACACCAAAAUGCUCAUGCUUUUCAAAGUAUGACCACACUGUAGUGAGUGUUUUCUUAGACUAAUAAAGUUUGGCAUUUCUUUAAUGGUGACACUUCCCAAACAUGCCCCUUUUACUGAUUAGAUAGAUGGGUCUAAACAUGGAGCUAUGUGUAGUAUGAAGUUAGAUCUCUAUAUUUUUAUCGAACAAUAUGUGUUCCUUAGUGAGAGUCUUUCUAGGGUCAUUUUGCAGAGUACUCUGGAAUACGCUAUUACCAGGCAAGUAUUGUAUUUUAAACUCCUGUUGUUUUAUCCGACAUUAAGACUUUCAGUGUUGGGGCCUUUUGGUCCAGUAUAUUUUAAUAUUACUGACCCUUAAGAUUCUGUUCAGAUGAUAUUCAGGUUUUGAUAGACACAAUCAAUAAGGAAAUUAUCCCAUCACUUUUGAUACAUCUGCCAAGGGACGUCAUUGCCCUUUCAUGUCAGCCUUAAUUUUCCUAUUGAUUUCUAGUAACAACACUUAAGUUGCUCUAUGCGAGCAUAAGAGAUAGCAGAGAAAUAAAAUAGGGAAAGGCCCCUUUUAAGACUUUUACUUUGGAUGACCCUGAUUUGAAAAUGCCAUUGAUUCUAAGGGCCAUGAGUAAGGACAACUCGUGUUUGAUUUUAAUCUUGCUUCAAUAAAAUGAUCAUGGUUGAAGAA